AUGGUGUACCUUCCACCCGAGCUGAGUGAUGCAAGUCUGGUGGAGAAACUGCAGGAGCUGCGUGCUGAUGGCGCCUUUAGACACCAAAAGGACUACGGCCAGGUCUUGGGCACCUUAGCGGACCGGGCGCUAUGGCAGCAGAGCUGCACGCUGCUCCUGGAGAUGCGCUUCCGGUCCAUGAAUCCUUUUGCCGGCACUUGCGCUCUUGCGGCUGUGGCUUGUUACAAGGCAGCCCAACAUGAGGAGGCCGGUCGAAUCAUGGAGAAGUUGUGGUCCGCCUCGGGACGCAGGUUGGAUUGCAUUGACUGUGGCACGGUAUUUACACGCUUUCAGAAUGCAGGCCUCUGGCAGGAGGCGCUGGCUUUUCUGGAGGACAUGCGCUUGCGGCGCAUCGAUCCGGAUGCCUAUGCCUACAACAAUGUGAUGGCCGCCAGCCGCAAGGUGAACGAUUUCUCGGUGGCUCCCAUGCUGCUGCAGAGCAUGCGACAGGAACAGGUGCAGGUGGAUGCCUGGUCCUACAGUCAGGCCAUUGACGCCAGCAAUGCCCUGGCCACCUGGGAGACGUCGCUGGAGUAUUUGCGCGAGCUGCAGGAAACCCAGGUUGAGGGCAACUCGGUGAUUCUGAGCGCUGCCAUCACCGCGUGUCAGCUGGGUCAGCAGCCGCAGAUGGCGCGGCAGCUGCUGAAGACAGCCCGAAGGCAAGGCAUAGGACCCGACGCCCAGGCGUACACUGCGGCCAUCACGGCAUGUGGCACCGCCAGCCUUUGGGACUCCGCACUGGAGGUGCUGCAGGACGAUGAAGUCAGUAAGCACCGGCGAGUGUGCGACCAAAUGGCAUCUGCAAUCCAUGGCAGUUUGAUCUGCCUGCCGGAUUUGUUCGAAGGGGAACCGCUAUGUCCGGAUUUUUGCGACUCCAGCCUUCCAAAGUUGAGGCUCUUCCUUUACGUUCCCCUCUUACUCUACCGCAUUCGAUAUCGACACGGCUGGGAGCAGAUGCUUCCGAAGAUCCAAGGCCUUCUGAACUCCUUCCAAUCUGCAGAUUCCGAUGAUUCGGCUGUUCCAAUCUCUUGCUUCGACUUCUGUUUCGGUGCAUACCUCGCUGUGAAGGGCUCGGCCCUUGGUGCCUUCCGGGCGUCUGUGGGCUUCCACCCUUCCCUGGUGGUGGGUCGCUUGCAAUGCUCCCCACAUGGCCAAGGGCAUGCGGACCUGGCCAGGGAGGUGAAAUGUCCCCAGAUGAUGCUGCCAGCUGGCAAUGAUGAUGCGGCCGUGAAACCCAAUGGUGAGUUCAUGACUCUGGUGACCGCAGCUUUCCCCAGCAGCCGCUCGGUGUGUUUCGACCAGAUGCUGCAUGGCUGGGUGAAUCGCGGCGCCGAGGAUCCCAUGGUGCCCCAGGCCGCAGGCGGUGAAAGCGUCAGCGAGGCCCAGGCCUCAGCCUUGAAGCUGGCAGCGGAGUUCUUGCAAGCGCAUGGAGACAUGCGCGCUGCGGAAUGUGAGCCCAAUCUUUUCAGUUACAACGCUGCAAUGGGGGCCUGCCAGGCUGCCCUUGAAUGGGAGAGGGCUCUCAGCUUGUACUUCUCUUUGGGACGUGCCCAUCUGACCCCAGACACGACCAGCUACAAUCUGCUGUUAAGCAGCUGCGCACGCUGUUCGCAGCGUGAGCAGGUGGAAUGGCUGGUGCAGCGGAUGUAUCAACAGCAGCUGUCGCCGGAUGAGGUUACGUUCAAUUGUCUUUCAUCCCUCCUCACUGAGAGAAGAGACCGAGAGGACUUUCUGCGCCGUUUGAAAGCAGCGGGACUUCGACCGGAUGUGCGAACCUACAAUCCGAUGAUCUCAGCGUGUGCUGAGAGUCAGGGAUGGGAAGAAGCGGUGACCAUUUUCGACGAGAUGAUGGCCAAUGAAGUGGCACCAGACAUCAAGAGCCACAACCGGCUCUUAGACGUCUGCGCCACCACGGCCUCGUGGACCGUGGUUUUGAGCCUCUUCGAAGAGCUGAAACGAGCAGGGCACACCAACACGGCCACGGUGAACACUUGCAUUGGUGCCUGCGCAUCUGCAAGUAACUGGCUGGGAGCCAUUCGAUUGCUGGACCGGAUGGAGAAAGAUGGCCCAUCACCUGAUGUGAUCUCCUACAACACGGCACUACACGCCUGCAGACAUGAGGGCGUUGAACUGGCUGUCAAUAUGCUCAGCAGGAUGCAGGCCUGUGGCAUUGACCCAGAUGUGGUCACCUUCAACACCGUGAUGAGUUCCAAUGCUGAGCACUGGGAGUGGGUUCUGGCGCUGCUGGCCAAUAUGGAUCAACGAGGCUUGGCCAAUGGGCGAUCCUAUCGGGUGGCGCUCUGCGCCCUCAUCAAGGUGGCUUGGCAUUUGCUGGCCAUCCAACUGUCCCAAGGUGUCAAGUUAGAGCCCAACGUUCGAAGCUAUGGAGCUGUGGCCUCGGCCUGCACGGGCGAAGUGAGGCAUUGGGCUAAGGCCAAAUUCCUGUUGGAAGAUAUGGCAGGAAGGCAAGUGACACCGAACCUGGUGAGCUUCAACACCAUUGCGGGGGCGUGCAGAUCAGCUGGGCGAUGGCUACAGGUCCUGGAGUUGGUGGGAUCGUCAGGGCAGCAACCGGACGUCAUCUCCUUGACCCUGGCGGUUGGUGCAGCUGAACAGGCUGCAAGUUGGGGUGCAGCCUUGCAGGUGCUGGACCAGGCGGUUGGGCUUCAGCCUGACAUGAUGUUCUACAGCACCACCAUGAGCGCAUGUCAAGGGGCGGGUCAAUGGAAAGGGGUCUUACAUCUCUUGGCCAGUGACAGGGUUCGGGAGUGUUUAUUGAGUACAGUCGCCUACAAUGUCGCCAUCAGCAGCAGUGAAGGAAGCUGGCAGCUUCCAUUGGAGCUUUUGGAAUUCAUGAAGUUCAGCCUUGCCAAGCCAGAUUUGUACAGCUUCAACUCCUCCAUUCGCGCAUGUGGAAAGGGAAGUUGGAGGGCAGCAAACGAGAUGCUGAGGGCCGCAGGUCGAGUGGGUUUGACCCCAGAUGUUGUGACUUACAGCUCCUUGGCACAUGUGGAUGCUUGGCAUUUUUCCAUCCUCGCACUCAGCACGGCGCAGGAGCAGAAGGUUCAAGUGAACGCGGUGAUCUACAACAGCUCCAUCUUGACCUGUUCCUGGCCGCGUGCCUUGGCCCUGCUAUGGAAAUUGCAGGGCCAACGGCUUGCAGGGCUUGCAGACAGCGUCACCCUGAACGCUGCGGUGGAGGCGUGUGGCAAGGCGAUGCAAUGGCAACAGGCCGUGCAGGUGCUAUGGGACGCCAUGGCGUGGAGCCUGGGAGCCAGCGACCUGACGUACUGUUUGACCAUCGCGGCCUGUCAAACAGCGACGGCAUGGCAGCUGGCCUUUGGGCUGCUGUCAGACAUGGUGACCUGGCAGAUCCAGACCAGCAAGCUGACUUUCACAGAGGCCAUCCGUCAAACAUCUCAGUGGCUUCAGGCCUUGAAACUCUUGGAGACGCUGCGGGUAUCAUACUUGCAGGUGGAUGAGGUGAUGUAG